AUGGACGUCAAACAAGGAACGGCAUUCUAUGGGCCUAAAUUUGACUCAGCUGUGACCUCAGUGUCGUACUCUCCCAACGGCAAGUGCAUAGCAUCGGCUUCUAAGGACGGUAUCUGCCUAUGGAGUCCGGAAUCCGGUCGUCAGCUCGGGAAAUCUUUGGAUGGACACACUGACUGGAUUCAAGAUAUCGCAUUUUCUCCAGAUGGACGGCACCUUGUCAGUGGAUCCAAUGAUACAACAGUAUGUGUGUGGGACUUGGUCACAUACGAGCUAGCGCUUGAUCCAUUGGAAGGCCACACAUGUUCAGUUUGGGCAGUGGGAUACUCACCAAAUGGUACCCUCAUCGCCAGUGGUGGAAGAGAUGGCACUACUCGGCUGUGGACUUCGGAUGGCGGCAAGACAAUUGCAAUACUGGAGCACUCGAGUGGGGUACGGCAGCUUUCCUUCUCUCCAAACGGCAGUAAUUUGGCGACCGGCUGCCUCGAUGGCUUGAUUUAUACCUGGGACGUUAGCAGAAGGAAGCAUUUCUUGAAACCCAUUACCGCCCAUAAGGCUGCCAUUUCUACAGUGUCGUACUCUCCUGACGGAAGAUUCGUGGCUACUGGUGGACAAGACUGGACCGUCAGGGUGUGGAGCGCUGAAACCGGCCUUCCCAUCACGAGGACGAUGCGAGGACACAGACUUGAUAUCUUGGGCAUUUCAUUUACUCCAGACAGCCGAAAGCUUGUCAGUGCGUCAUUUGAUUGUUCUAUCCGUGUAUGGGAUUUGUCUACGCAAGAUUCUAUUGUGUGGCCGUUGCAUGCCAAUCCUACCUCGGUGCACAUUGCAUGCUCGCAGGAUGGUCAAUAUGUUGUCGUUGGGCUCCAGAAGACCAAUGGCUUGACUAUUUGGUGUAUCAAGUCUGGAAGCGUCAUUCUUCCCGAGUGCCGCUUGAAUCAAGGUGUAGAACACGGGAUCAUGUCCACCAUCUUCUACCCGGAGGCAUUGGUAUGGCAUCCUGAUGGCAAGCACGUUGCAAGCGGAGGCCACGACCGCGUUAUUCGCGUGUGGGACACAGAGACAGGGGAAGAAUCCUCAAAUGCCUUCAUAUAUCAUCGUCAUUCUAUCUACUCCCUUGACAUCUCUUUUGAUGACUCAAUGAUAGUUAGCGGAUCAGAUGACGGUCAAAUUCAUCUGUGGAACACAAAUACCAAGGAAAUCAUCAAGCGUGCUUUUGAUGGUCACGCCGAUCGAAUUACAUCAAUCAAAUUCUCCGCCGAUGCCUCACGUGUUGUGAGUGGAAGCUACGACCACACCAUACGUGUCUGGGACACCCAUUCCGCCAGGGUGCUUCAGGUUAUAGACGGACAUGAAAACAUGGUCAAUAGUCUCAGUAUAUCAUACGAUGGAACACAGCUAGCCAGCGUCUCAAAAGACAAGACCGCGCGAGUUUGGGACAUGCAAAAUUACACUCAGCUUGCAAGCUUCACCCACGAUACUGAAGUGGCAUCUGUCUGUUUCUCACCCGACGACCACUACCUGCUCACAGGCUCUCACAGUGGUCAUGCGCACCUGUGGCACGUCCAAAAUGGAGAAGAGACGUUGGAGGUCAUGCACAAUCCCAAGAGCGCUGUACACAGUGUUUGCUUUGCUCCCGAUGGUUCUACAUUUGCCACAGCCGCCACAGGGCACAACAGUGUUUACAUAUGGGAUAUCAGUAACGGACACCAUCUUCGUUCACUGCCGCAUGACAGUGGUAUUAUCAGUGCUAUCUUCUCCCCGGAGGGGUCUCGCAUCGCCACUGGCAUGAUCCUGUCGCAACGCAACGACUCUGAGACUACCCUCGCCACGCCUCCCCCGCUCGCGUCAACUAUACUUGACUUCGACCACGACGACGUCUUCAAUGUGUCGGUCUACUUCCGCUGCAGCUGCCCCAGCGCCGCGAGCCCACUCUACACCAUCAAGACAUCCGGGCCCUUGACCGUCGUUCGGCGGCACAAUGUCCCUAUUGCCGCUAUUGAGCGCAGUAGUAUCGCGCCAGACUGCAUCACCCUUUGGCCGUCCACGCAUUCGACCCCGGGUAUGUACGUCGAUGCCAGCCUUUCCGGAACUGAAGGGGAUGUUAGUAGCCAUCAUGACAUACCCAAUGAUGAGGCGGACAUGUUGUAUACCCUCGAGGAAUGUGGGAUCAUGACAUGUCCUCGACGUGCCAACGGAAGAAGGACGGAAUUGAAUGAAUGGUUGAGCUCCCCUGAGGCAUCAACAUAUCCGGUACGGGUACAAGUCGCAGAUACGGUGUACGAGUGGGGAGAGGACCCGGCCGGGGAGCUGAUUCUUACAUCCACAUAUGCCUCUUGCGUUGUUCCACCCCUCCAAGAAAGGUGA